CUUUUGCAAACGUGUGCAAUUCUGCGAAUGGGCCGACUUGGCGCAGCCAGGAUUCAAAGCGAAGUGGAUGGAUGUAAGGAGAAAGUCCACAGGUCUGCUGGUGUAUCUUCUCUCUACUCUCUUGCUGUGCUUCCUGCAGGCCAGCUGCCACCAGAAUGAACACUGUCGAGCCUCCCACAUGCCGUCCUUCCCCCGCCUCGGCUGCCACCGGUGCAGCGUCAUCGCCCUCAUCACCGUCACGGCAUUCUUCAACUUCUGCUACUUCCCGCAGCUGGACACUUUGGUGGCCAGAAGGGCCAGCCAACACAGAACACACCACAUACCUCGUCUUCGCGGCAGAGGGAGGAGACUUCUCAGGGCGGCCAGCAGCAGCAGCAGCAGCAGCAAGGAGACCAUCAGAGCCAAGAAGGCGGAAGAUCAGUACGCCAUGAUGCAGAGAGAGAAGAAGAGGUACCGCACCCUCAGCGCCCUCACAACGCUCUAUGACGACUUCGUCCGCAAGAACCGGACCAUGCUUGACUGGGUGGACGCCGUGGCCAGGGCGCCGAAGUACCCUGAAGGCGCAUACGAGGGGCGGGGGAUCGUCUACACCACGGCACUUGACGACCGAUACCUUGUGGGCAUGCUGCUGAGUGUGUGGAUGGUGCGGCAAAGUGGUUGCCAUUUGCCAGUGCAGGUCAUGUUUGUGGACAGCAAGGCCAAGAGGGAGUCUCACCUGCUGCCGCAGUGGCUGAGAGAGGAGAUGCGGGCUUUGAACAUCGAGGCCGUCAGCCUCCCCUUCCCCAACACCUAUGACCCUUACCGAGACAAGUUCUCCCGGUUCGUGGUGAAGCCGCUGACCAUCCUGCUGUCAAGGUUUGAGGAGACCCUCUUCAUUGACUCCGACAACUUUCCAAUACGGAACGUCUGCCGCCUCUUCGACCUCAAUCUCACCGACCUCGCCAUCAAGCAGGAAGCCACAAAGAGGCCAGUGCUCGCCGUCCAUCCCGGCCCUCUGCACGCCCACCCCUCUCUCAUCGGCAGGAACCUCCUCGACGCCAAUGAAAGCAGUCAGGGGUGGGCGAGACGGCAGACCAAGCUGCCUCUCGCUCGUGACAACCCCGAGCAGCCGUGGCUCACCGAGCCGUCAGCCAUCUUUUGGCCGGACUAUUGGUGGUUCCCUCUGGAUGCCAACCUGACGAUAUGGGAGGUGUUUGGUUUGGAGAAGCCGAGAAAUGAGUCGGGGAUGGUGUCUCAGGAGAGCGGGCAGCUGUUGGUGAGGAAGAGGGGCUGCUGGAAGCCUCUCGUGCUGACAGGGCUGCUCAACUGGGCCUCCGAGACAUUCUACGACUCGAUCUAUGGCUAUGCCCCACUGGGAGCGGGGGAUAACGACACAUUCAUGGUGAGCCACACUACGUCAUGUCGCCCCUCGCUGAUUGUCACAGCAUGGAAUGGAUGGAUGCUUCUGUUGGUGGUGGUGGUGCAUGCAGAUUGCAUGGCUGGCGUACGGCUGGCCGUCCGUCUCCUACUACUUUGUGCCCUGGCCAGCGGGCGUCAUCGGCCCAAAGGAUCACAAACCCAAAAACGCGGGAAGAGUCGCCGGCAAGGUCAUCGCACAGCACGAGCCCGACACCGGCGAGAUCCUCUUCCUGCACGCCGUAUCCCACAAGCUGAUCGACGUCCGCACCCAACUGCGCCUCAAGCCAGAGGAUAGGCGAGAUCUGUGGCCCCUCUACUGCCGAUUCCUGCGUGCAGACAUGGCGGGCGGGCGGGGUGAGAGGGCCGUGUCGGUCGAGGAUUUCAGCGUAGGGUUCCCCCACUUCGCCAGGGGGAGCGUGUGUAUGCAUUUGUCUGACGUGGUGGGCGGGAGGGACUUGCAGAGGGAGGUGGGGGCGCAUAUUGAGGAGAUUGUGGGGAAGGUACCUGAGAAGGAGAAACAUAUUGUCGACCUGGGACGGGUGAGGGUCAGAAAGGAGAGGGGGCCGCACGACCCACCAGAUUUGGCGCAUGUUGGAUGAGACGAGUGGGGCUGGCUGCAUGUCUGUGUCCGCGUGUAUGUGUGUGUGUGGCUGUCAGCAGCAGCCUUUUGCACUGCAUGUGAUGUGCCUCAUUCAUUGACGUGUUCGUGUGGACUCUUGUACGUGUCGCGCUGAAUACAUCGCUUUGUUUGUCA